GGGAUGAGUUUCUGUCAUGGUGGGGACUAUUUCUAUAUAAUCGUCAGCGAGGUGCCCGUCUCUCCAUAAUCCUAUCAGUGACCACGUUUCUUUAAACGGCGACCUCUUCGUUCAUCUCGGUGUUUAUUAAGAGAAAGGCGAAAGAAACAAGUGAAACAAGAUGAUUUUGGUGCCUCUGGCCGUGGUAUUGUUCACGGCAUUCGUAAACGCUCAGCCAGCAAUAAAUGAAAUUCGGCCGCAAUCUAAUCGACCAGGAAGAUUCCUUUCUCUUCCUAUACCGCAGAAAUGUGCAAAUCGACCAAAGGAAUUCAACUAUAGAGGUCACCAUUAUUUCUACAGUGGACAUGUUCCAGCCCAUGCUAAUCAAAGGGUGGAUUGGUUAGAUGCAAGAAACAUUUGCAGAGAAUACUGUAUGGAUCUUAUAUCACUGGAGACUCAGGAUGAGAACAACUUAAUUUUCAGACUUAUUCAACAAAAUGAUGUUCCGUACAUUUGGACAUCCGGCCGGCUGUGCGAUUUCAAAGGUUGUGAAAAUCGCCGUGACCUCGAGCCCAAAGCUCUCUAUGGAUGGUUCUGGUCCGCGAACAGGAAGAAGAUGGCGCCAACUCACCAGAAUCCCGAAGGUUGGAGCUUCAAUCCAUGGUCGCAAACCGGUCACAAGAAAGCCAGACAACCGGACAAUGCUGAGUUCGACAUAAAUGGCACCAACGAAUCUUGCAUGUCUGUCCUUAAUAACGUGUACAAAGAUGGAAUUAGCUGGCACGAUGUAGCCUGCUAUCAUCAGAAACCAUUCGUCUGCGAGGAUUCUGAAGAACUUUUGAAUUAUGUUGCCAGCACCAAUCCUGGCUUACGUCUCUAAAGACAUAGUAGAUAAAUAAUCUGCGUCAUCGGCACUUGUCCUAUCUGUUUCUAUUGCAGUUCAGACGAGAUGCGAGUCAAAUAAGAAAACAAGAAAAAGAAAAACACUGAUCUAAAUUUGUUCCUAUUAUUUAAAUGUAAAUUGGUUCCUUAAAAUUAUUAAGUGCAGAAAAGAGAAUAAAAUUAUAUUCCUAAUAUCUAAAAAGAAAAAAGAAAAGAACAUUAUGAGAUACCUGUAAUAAAACUAUUCAUUAAUUGGUUUUAUUGGAACGUGUCUCGUCGCUGCACUCUACCUGCACUCAUUUUUAAAAA